AUGUCCACUCCUUUGCCUCUUUCCUCUGCGUUGUCAGUGCCUAUCCUUUCACCUUCGAGCGUAGACCAAAGCCUGCUCGCCAAUGCUCCAGGUCCAAGCAACCUCCUUGUGUCCAUCCCCGACUCGGCAUCGAUCGCUCGGCGCAGAAUCAAUGGAAAAUUCUCAGAGCUCAAAGAAGUUAUUCUCUCUUGGCUUUCUCGUAAGCGCGCCCCAUCACCUGACCACCCACAGCCAUCCAAAUCAAUGACGACUCGCAAUCAAGCCAUGGUCACGAAGGGCAUGCGGCAGCUCGGCUCGUUGAAGGACGAGAUGAUCCCGGGUCUGGUGAGUGCUGCCGUUCGCGAAGCCCGCCAAGAGGCUAUCGAUGCUUUGGUAGAGGCACGGCUCGAGGCGAGGGUCCAAGAAUGUCUCGCAGCCAUGGACGAGGCCCACAUCGAGGCCAUAGUACGGGCGCGCCUCGCAGAACGAGACGAGUAUCAAGUCCAGGAACGAGUUAACAAACGCCUCGAUGAGAUUUUCGGAGGGCAGGUUCCAGAGCACGUUGUCAGAGACCAUGCUCCGGAGCCCAUCGAGUCUGUUGCACCCUCACCCACUCGUUCUGCAGAAACUCCCUCCGCUACGUCGACACUACAUCCACAGGAAUCUACCUCGGGCAUGCGGGAAUCAUUAUCGACUUCUGAUGCGGAGGCCGGCCCUUCCGGUUCUGCGGGCUCGUCAGCCAAGACUCGCGCGGCCGAUCCUACUCCAGCCAACCCUGAGAAGGUAGCGAAUGCGCUCGAUUCAGAACGCGCGACUCCGCUCCAGGACACGAUACGGGUCCUGAUCAUCAAUCUUCUACUAGACAUGUCACAAGGGAAGCCAAUGGACGCCCAGAACUCCAUCAUUUCAGAUCCCAAGUAUUUCUUGGCCUUCAAGAGGGAGCUCAACGUGUACGGCCUUGGAUUUCGCAUCGCGCCAGAGAAACGUGGGGGAGAGGGUGUUGAAGCGAUGAUCUGGCGUCGCGAAGUAGAUGAGAACGAUGUCCUUCAGCCCGUCGAGCUCUUCGAUGAAGGCGAUCACUUCGUGAACCUCAGCAAGCAGUACUGGAAGAGCGCAGCGCGGGCUUAA